AUGGUCAGAAUCGCUAGUCUGAGACUUCUCUUGUCAACUGCCACUCUUUUCCUGCCACUAGCAUGUGUCCUAGCGCGCCCAAUCGGUUCAGACAUCUCGCUCUCGCUCUCUAGGCGUCAAAAUAUUCCCGGUGUUGGGGCUGGACCAUCCACUGCCACUGAUGGUAGUACGAUCGUUGAGAAGGAAGUUGUCAUCAAUGGCUUCAGCAUGAGAUUCAAAGUCUCGGCGCCUUCCACUGAGCUCGUCUCAAAUGGAGGUGCAAAGGCUGGAACGUUAGGCAUCAAUGUGUUGUUCCAUGGUGACGGCGGACAAUCGUUCUUUGAUUUCCCCAACCAAGGUGUUAACUCUGGUCUUAUGGGCGUGGCACUGCUGUCGCCCGAUCCUAACCUUCGAUGGGGAGGCUCAGAUCCCCGAGAUUCGCUCAUAAGACCUCAGGGAGCAGCCCACAGCGCCGCGGUGAAUCAGCUCCUCACCACUGAAUUACCGAAAGUCGUCAAUUUCGACCAGACCAAGAUAUUUAUGGAGGGAAUCAGUGGCGGUUCACUCUUAUUAAGCGGCUUCAUGGUCCCGGCAUUUGGAGCCUCCCUAGGCGUUCCGGGAGUCGUCAUGGGCUGUGGUGGUCUAGCUCCGCAAGUGCAGGUCCAAGGCGACAUUUCCGCCCUGCGCGUACAUUGGCAAAGCACGGUGAAUGAGCAACCAGAGCUACAGCAAUCUAUCCCACAAGCGAUCGCCGCCUAUGAACGCAUUGCCAGCGGUGCUGGGUUGUCGGCUGCUCAAAUCAACCAGCUUCAAACCGCGGACGCGUCUCCGAAUGGUGGCCAUUGCGAAUUUGACCAACGGGAUUUUGUUUCAGGAGUGCAGCUUCUUUCCGAUAACUACGCCACCAUUCUCUCCGGACAAGGAGUACUGAAUGGCGUCAAUGUCAACAAUGGCGUCGUUGGCAACGAAAACCUCUUCGCCGUUGCGGCCACUGGAGCGAAUAGAGGUGCAGGUCAAGGUGCGGCGGCGGCGGCGGUAGCAGCAGGCGCGAACCGCGUAACGGCCACGGGUGGCCGGAAUCGCACUGGAAAUAGGAAGGGAGCGAAAGUGAAUAACGCCAACCACGUUGGACGUAGUAUGAGUUAA